AUGUACCUAGGACGACGGGAAGGAGCACCGGCAGCUACUACUAGGAUUGUUAUUGUACAAUUUGCUAAGACUAAGGCACAUCCAGUGUUGAGUGUGAGGGAAGCACCUUUGGACAUCAGCCGAGUACGCGUCGAGCAAUUAAUCUCACUGGUGCGACAGUGCGUCGCUCAGCUUUGUCCGCAACCUCCAUCUUCGACGAAGGAUUCAAGGGACGACUUUUCUUCGCGUCAGCCAAUGACCGAUCGCGCAAGUCGCGCCAAAUGGAAUCCUCUUCGUCUUCGUCGGCACUUUCUUCGGGCACAGGCAGCGGGAUCUGUAAUACACGUACGCACCACAUACACAGGUGAUCGCAUACAUACGCCGUCCGGCUUUAUCCCACCGUCGACGACGACGACGACGACGACGACGACGACGACGACUACGACUCGCCUUCUGUCCACCGCGAGCAUCGACCGCGGCCGCGAUAUAUUCUUUUGA